UAAAUAAGGGUUUGAAUUUUUUAUGCAUAAAUUAUUAUGCUCCUCAACUGCAUAUAUCUUUAUUGUUAAUGUCUUCACUUCCUUCACAAAAUUACCAACCACCAUUUAUUUUAUUUUUCCGUUUUUCAAUCUCUUGAUUCAAGGCUUUUAAUAGAGUACCUUGAAGAGUGUGAUUUUAUUUUUGUCUCUAUGGUAAUUAUUCUUCAAUGCAACAUAUAGCUCAAGGACCUAUAUAUAUAUGAGUUGAGUUUUGAUUAAUAGAAUCAAUGGCUUUUAUCAUGGAAAUUGUUGGUGUAUUUCUUGUUCUCUGUUUUUUCUCUAUUCUUUUGAGGUGGAAUGAACUUAGGUAUAAGAAGAAAGGUUUGCCACCUGGCACAAUGGGAUGGCCAGUGUUUGGAGAAACAAUUGAAUUUCUUAAACAAGGUCCAAAUUUCAUGAAAAAUCGAAGUGCAAGGUAUGGAAGUUUUUUCAAAUCACACUUACUUGGUUCUCCUACCAUUGUUUCAAUAGAUCCAGAACUUAAUAGAUACAUUUUAUUGAAUGAAGCAAAAGGUUUUGUUCCUGGAUAUCCUGAAUCUAUGUAUAAUAUUUUAGGAAAAGGUAAUAUUGCAGCUGUUCAUGGCUCCACUCACAAGUACAUGAGAGGAGCACUUCUUUAUGUUAUUAGCCCUACCAUGAUAAGAGAACAAAUUCUGCCAAGAAUUGAUGAGUUUAUGACUGAUUUCCUAAGCAAUUUGGAUGACCAAAUCAUAGACAUUCAAGAGAAAACUAAAGAGAUGGCCUUCCUCUUAUCUCUGAAGCAAAUUGCUGGGAUUGGUAAAUCAAGCUCAUUAGCUGACUCUUUAAAGACAGAGUAUUUUCAGCUUGUUUUAGGAACCAUUUCUCUACCAAUUAAUCUUCCAGGAACAAAUUAUCGCAAAGGACUUCAGGCAAGGAAGAAUAUGAUAAGAAUUUUGAGUGAGUUACUUAAGGAAAGGAGAGAAUCAAAUGAAACUCACAAAGACGUGCUUGGUUUUUUGAUGGCAAGAGAUGAAAAUAGGCACAUACUAAGUGAUGAAGAAAUCAUUGAUCAAGUGAUUACACUUAUGUAUUCUGGUUAUGAAACUGUUUCAACCACAUCAAUGAUGAUACUCAAGUACCUUCAUGACAAUCCCAAAGCUCUUGAAGAACUAAGAAAAGAGCAUUUGGACAUAAAAGAGAGGAAAAAGCCAAAUGAACCAAUUGACAGCAAUGAUAUCAAAUCAAUGAGAUUUACUCGUGCGGUGAUAUUGGAGACAACUAGAUUGGCCACAGUAGUUAAUGGUGUUUAUAGGAAAACUACUCAAGACAUGGAACUAAAUGGCUAUUUCAUUCCCAAAGGAUGGAAAAUCUAUGUGUUUACAAGAGAGAUAAAUUAUGACCCUUUGUUGUAUCCUGAUCCACUAGCAUUUAAUCCAUGGAGGUGGAUGGAUAAGAGUCUAGAGUCACAUAACUAUUUCUUAAUAUUUGGACGUGGCACAAGACUUUGUCCAGGAAAAGAGUUGGGAGUCAAUGAAAUUUCAACUUUCUUGCAUCACUUUGUGACUAAAUACAGGUGGGAAGAAGUAGGAGAAAAUAAACUUGUGAAAUUUCCUAGAGUUCAAGCACCAAAUGGACUGCACAUAAGAAUUUCAUCCAACUAGGCAGUGACUUUAUUUAAUAAUAAUAAGAAUUUCAUCUUUGUAAAAAGUGUUUCUCUGUUUUAAAAUGCUUCUUGCAUCCAGAUUGGCCCGUGGGGCCCGAAACACUUUGGGCUGUGAAUGUGAUUUCGAGCCUCUCUUGAAGGUAUUGUCUUUAGAAUCUUAAAUAAAUCGCUUUGUCUAAAAAAAUAAAGAGUUUUAAAUAAAUUACAACUAG